AUGCCGCCCAAAGCUCAGCCAAAGGGCAAAAAGCCCGCGCCCGACUUCAACCCCGUCGUGGCUUUUUACCUCUUCUGCGGCACCCACAUCCUUUCCGCCCUCUACGCUCCCGUGCAAGACUGCGACGAAGUCUUCAACUUCUUCGAGCCCACCCACUACCUUGACCACAAGCACGGCUUGCAGACCUGGGAAUACUCGCCCGAAUAUGCUAUCCGCAGCUGGGCCUAUGCCGGCAUUCACGCCGCCGUCGCUUCCGUCGCCAGGCUGCUCCCGGGCAGCACCAAGACGACCCAAUUCUACUUCCUCCGCCUCGCCCUGGGCUUCUUCUGCGCCUGCUGCGAGACGCGCUUGUUCGCUACCAUUGCGAGGACCCUGAACCCCCGCAUCGCCGUCUUCUUCCUCAUUGCCAUGGUCUUUAGCCCGGGCAUGUUCCAUGCCUCCACCGCCUACCUCCCGUCGAGCUUUGCCAUGUACACGAAUAUGUUGGCGUUGUCAGCCUUUAUGGACUGGAAGGGUGGUCUCAGGACGGCUGCGGGCAUCUUUUGGUUCGCCGUGGGCGGCAUUCUUGGGUGGCCCUUUGCCUCCGUCUUGGUCCUGCCGUUCAUCGCCGAGGAGCUGUUCCUUGCCGUGCAGACCGGCUCCAUUUACGACACUGCUAAGAGAUUUCUCGACGGAGCUGUCAGGUCUUUUUGCAUCUUGGUUGUCUCGGAGUCGAUCAACUCGUUCUUCUACAGAAAGUUUGUGUGCGUGCCGCUGAACAUCGUCCUCUACAACGUCUUCAGCGGCCCGGGAAGGGGCCCCGAUAUCUACGGGACCGAGCCGUGGCACUUCUACGCCCGGAACCUCAUCCUAAACUUCAACGUCUGGUUCAUUCUGGCGGCUGCUGCGCUGCCGUUGCAGGUGUUGAGCCAGCUGUUCCGCAAGCAACCUUCGUCCAAGUCGAGCCUUGUCAGAGGCAUCAUUUUUGUCUCUCCCUUCUAUCUCUGGCUGACCAUCUUUACCCUUCAGCCUCACAAAGAGGAACGCUUCAUGUAUCCUGUCUAUCCUUUCCUGGCGCUGAACUCUGCCAUUUCUUUGCACAUCCUUCUCGCUUACUUUGGAUCGUCAGACCCCCGCCAGCUGGUUGGCAAGAUCCCAGCCAAGCUGAAGCUGGGCGCCGCGUUCCUCCUCGUCCUGGGCGCGAUUGACGUCGGCGUCUGGCGCGCGAUCGGCAUGAGCACUGCGUACUCGGCGCCGCUGAAGGUGUACGAGCCGCUGCACGAGGACGGGGUGUCCAAGCCGGGAGACACGGUCUGUCUCGGCAAGGAGUGGUACAGGUUUCCGUCCUCUUACUUCCUGCCCAAAGGCGUCAGGGCGAAGUUCGUCAAGAGUGCUUUCACCGGUCUCCUACCCGGCGAGUUUAGCGAAGCAAACACUGGCUUUGGACUGUUCCCGGGCGCGUGGUUGAUCCCGUCCGGCAUGAACGACGAGAACAAGGAGGACCCAGGGAAAUACACUGACAUCGAUGGCUGCACGUUCAUGGUCGACUCGUCGCUACCCAGCUGGACGCCUUCGGAGCUGGAACCGGAUUACAUUGGGGACACGGCGACCUGGGAAGCAGUGAAUCCUGUCCCUUCGCAUCCCCCCCUCCACCCAGCCCGCGUCACCGAGCACGUGUUCCCGUGUCACCGCCGUGCGAUGAUGGAGUCGAUCAAGCUGCGCGCCAGAGAAGCGUGCAAUUCUCAGCACGCUCAGGCUGCGUCGAAAGCUUUCCAGGAAUAUGUCAUGGACAACCCCAGGCCGCUGGUCUACAUCGCCCUGGGCGUCGCAACGUUUAUCUGGGCAUCGGUAUUGAUCCUUCGCCGCUUCAAGCCCAGCAAGACGCCGUCGAGACGUGGCUCGCCGGAUCCUGAGAAACCGAGCAAGUUCAAGGUCGAUCGGCCGCCUGGAGUCUGGAUCCCGUCAGACUUCAAGCGCCCGGCCGCCGAACCGUACCCGAACUGGUCAGUAGAGACGAGCAAGCCGCGGCCGUACAGGCCCUUCCGGUACGGACCCAAGUACAACACCACCAUGGGACUGCGCACGAUGGACUGGAACGAGUGGAUCGAGCUGGACAACCACUACCUGUCGUUCCACGGCAAGAAAGCGGCCCGCCUCGCCUCGGACCGCGCGUCGAAGCUGUACCACACGGCGCCGGAAGCGUACGACGGCGCCGUCGAACUGCUGGAGGAGCUGUGCUCGUACCUGCCGCAGCGCUACCCGUCCAUGUUCAAGAAGACAUCCGUCGGCAUGGACAACCUGGUGACGGGCGAGUCGCUCAACAUCGUCGAGCGGCCGCUCAAGGAGGACCCGAUGGUCAUGUGCGCGCGCCAGGUCCAGGACGACCUGGCCAUCAUGUUCGAGCGGCCCGACGGCCAGUACUACCUGCUCGCCGGCUGCAUCCUGCUGGCCGGAUUCUGGCGCCUCGAGGACAAGCUCGGCAUGGCCCUGUCCGAGAUCCACACGUCCGGAAGCGUGCCCGAGUACAAGACGAAGCUCGAGAAGGGCAUGAUGAACUUCUUCCGCCGCGUGAAACCCGAGAACCCCGUCGUGCGCAACAACUACUUCAUCCAGGUCGACGAGGACCUCGCUUGGAGCCACAGCAUCGGCCCCGAGGACGGCGAGGAGGGCACUAUCGGCUGGUUCUCUGCCGAGAAGGACAAGGCAAUCCAGCACCACUACUUUAGGAGCGAGAGACAGAGUUUGAGGAGAUUACCCCGUUCAGGCGGCGUCGUCUUCACCAUUCGCACCUACUUCCACCCCAUCACCGAAAUCUGCGACGAGCCCUACGUCCCCGGCCGCCUCGCCUCGGCCGUCCGCAGCUGGAAUGGCGAAGUCUCGCAGUACAAGGGCAAGGAGCGCUACGAAACGGUCCUGCUCGAAUACCUUGACAAGAGGCACGAGGAGCAGCUGGCCAACGGGUUGGAUCUGGAAAAGGAGGAUGAUGUCAGGGCAUACCCGUGGUAG